AUGAUGCUGCAAAGUCUAAUCCGGCUCACUGUUUGGUUCGUUCUUGGAGCUCAACUAACGCUGGAGGUGCAAGCGGUUCCGAAUGAUAACACCGACAACGCAUUAAGGCCUUACUGGAACGUCCACGCCGGUCCUGUCAGUCAAGGAGGCUGCGAUGUCUAUGAAGAUCGACUGAAGACCGCCUGGGAGGAAGUGUGCCUAUUCGCUAGGCAAGCGCUUCUAGAUGUUCGAUUCAUAUCAACUAACUACAACAAUGGGAAUGGCCCAACGAAUGCGAAUAACCGUCCCAGAUGGAAUCGUGUAUGGAACACCUUUAUAGCCCUGUUCGGCUCGCCUUGGGAUGACCAAGGCAAUAUGAAGCAGCCAAUUAGCGACAACGCUAUAUUCUUAACAGAGAGCUUCUACUCGGGAGUUAUUACUAGGUGCUCGUCGAGGGCAGGGCCGGGCCUUGAAAGUCCUACUUUGUAUUGCAGUGACCAGCAUUUUCGAUUCGUGAGGAAUGGAGAGCCGGACCCAGAGGAUGCUUCGCAAAAGAUCGAAGAUACUCAUCCUCAGUGCGCUGCCAGGGGAGGCAUCUGGUAUAGCAGCCAAUACCCCGCGGGAUACCACUACAUCGACAGCCUUCCGCCAGCGAAUCCCGGUGACCCUCCGGAGUGUUCUGCCGACACAAUGGCUUACACAGACAUGACUGCACCCCCUCCUAAACUCGUAUCCUUCUGUCCUGGGGGACUAGACGAUGCUGUCGCUUCGAUUCAUGCUGUUCGAAACAAAAUCAAAGGCGAGAAGGCGAUUAAAGGCACCACUACCAUGCUGAUUCUAGCCGGCAAAAUCACCACACUUUACGAUGCCGGCGGCAAAAAGAAAACGGAUAUCCCAACAGCUUGGUUACAUGAGCUUGCACAUCUAAUUGCCAACCGUAACGAUGAGCAGACUUAUACGAAAGAUGGGAAGCUGAAGACUCACAAGGAGACAAAGUGGAGUGACGCAGAGGGCAAGCACGUAUCCCAAAAUGUUGCGACAAAGACGUACACAUGGGAGGCAGCCGUACGGCUUGCACAAUAUAACCAGCGCAAGGCCGGAAAGAGUCCGGAGAACCUUGCCCUCUUUGGGAAAGCAAUGUUUUUGAGCGAGUGGGACUGGCACAAGGGCUACGCGCAACCACCACCUCCUUGA